AUGGCAAGAUCAACAGGUCAGAAUCAGAAUGAAAAGAACAAGGCAGGCGUCUUCUUUUUAGCCACUUUAAUUCUGUGGUUCGUUUCAGUUUUGUUUGAGAUAUUCUUCAACAAGCGCACGGAACUACUCUGGAUUGUCGCUGGAGCUUGUCUUUUCCAGAUAGCCAAUUGGCUCAUUCGAUCUUUUGUGUCUCGUGACCCUCUCUUUGUUAAUACCUCAGUUUCUCUCCUCCACUCCACAACCAUCUCUGUUUCAGUGGUUUUCAUUUUGGUAAAUCAGUGUUUAAGAAAUGGUUUCGGUGGGAUGUUGGAGCAUUCACAACUCGUUGGAGGUACUUGGGAGUGGGCAUACGCUGCUUUGUGCUUCUCAUGUGGUUAUUUUGCAUAUGAUCAGUUGGAUAUGCUGCACUACCGAUUAUACAGUGGUCUAAUCCCUUCCAUCCUGGUUCACCAUCUGAUACUUCUCAUCUGCUUUACUCUAGCUCUGUAUCGAAAUGUAACAAUCAACUACCUUAUGCUCACUCUGGUUUGUGAGCUGCAUUCAAUCUUUCUUCAUGUGAGGAAAGUGCGACGGAUGGCUGGUGUUCGCGAUGCUAAGAGCACAAUUGUGAAGAUAGAAUGGUUUCUUAAUUGGCUUACUUUCAUUUUUGCAAGAUCCUUGUCUCACCUACUCAUCACCAUCAAGCUGAUUGCAGAUGCUUCCAAGUUUGAAAAGGGUGUAGAGUUGCCACUUGCUCUAUUUGGGAUGACUGGAAUGAAUUUUAUCAAUGCUGGUCUUGGCAUUGAUCUGUUUCAUGCCUACAAAAGGGAGAGAGAUCCCCAGAAAAGCAGUAAUUAUCAUGGUGAAUGA